CACUGCGGCCCCCGCAGCGCCGGACGCUAGUUGCGCGCUCCCAGGCGCCGAGCGGCCCCGGGCACGCGCGCGCGCCACCGGCCCGGCAGGUGGGUCACGGCGCCCACGCCGCCUCUCCUGCCCGCGAGACCCUGGGCCGUGGGCUCCGCAGCCCGCCCUGUGCCUCCGCGAGGGGCGUUCCGGGAGCAGGGGGAGCGGCCGAGGGCUGGAGACCCUAAAGGCGCCUCCUGUGACCAGAGGGGAGCCUCCGGCGGGAGCCACCUCUCGGGGGCGCAUCAUCCUGCCCCCCCGUAAGAGGAAGGCUCCAGAAUGGAGCUCAGGAAUUAGGAGUCUCGAGUGCUGUCCUUAUUCCCAGCCCAGUCAAGAGCUACCGGGGCUGGCUAGUCAUGGGGGAGCCCAGUAGAGAGGAGUAUAAAAUCCAGUCCUUUGAUGCAGAGACCCAGCAGCUGCUGAAGACAGCACUCAAAGAUCCGGGUGCUGUGGACUUGGAGAAAGUGGCCAAUGUGAUUGUGGACCAUUCUCUGCAGGACUGUGUGUUCAGCAAGGAAGCAGGACGCAUGUGCUACGCCAUCAUUCAGGCAGAGAGUAAACAAGCAGGCCAGAGUGUCUUCCGGCGUGGACUCCUCAACCGGCUGCAGCAAGAGUACCAGGCUCGGGAGCAGCUGCGAGCACGCUCCCUGCAGGGCUGGGUCUGCUAUGUCACCUUUAUCUGCAACAUCUUUGACUACCUGAGGGUGAACAACAUACCCAUGAUGGCCCUGGUGAACCCUGUCUAUGACUGCCUCUUCCGGCUGGCCCAGCCAGACAGUUUGAGCAAGGAGGAGGAGGUGGACUGUUUGGUGCUGCAGCUGCACCGGGUUGGGGAGCAGCUGGAGAAAAUGAAUGGGCAGCGCAUGGAUGAGCUCUUUGUGCUGAUCCGGGAUGGCUUCCUGCUCCCAACUGGCCUCAGCUCCCUGGCCCAGCUGCUGCUGCUGGAGAUCAUUGAGUUCCGGGCGGCCGGCUGGAAGACGACACCAGCUGCCCACAAGUAUUACUACAGCGAAGUCUCCGACUAGGCCUCCAGAUCAGGGCUUCCUCGCCAGCACUGGCCUUUCUUCUGCCCACCUCUGAAGCUGGCAGUGGAGUCUCUGCCUCACCCAAAGACUUUUCCUUUCCAGACUUUGAGUGUCUUCCCUUCUAGACUUUCCCAUCUCCUGGUGAGAUGUUUCCCACUUAUGCCGUGGUCCUGCCCUGAGCCCCUUUCCCCACCACAACCCACCAGGGCCAGGCAGAGAAGGGCAACUCCCAAGAGCCACUGCACUGUGUAACCAUUAGUGCAACUACUACCUUGGUGCCUCAGUUUACCCAUCUGUAAAAUGGGUAAGCAUAGCCAUUGGUGGGAUGCUUUGGGAUGUCAAGGGGUGGAGGCAGAGCACAAGUCACACCAGAAACUGCUUUUUAUACAUUUUGUACAAGGACAACUCUGGAAACAGCCUAUUUUCUCCAGCCAGUUUUACUAAAUGCUGCACCACAUGCUAUAGCAGUUCAGCGUGAGAAUUUUCUAAUAAAUCUUUUCUGAUACUAAAA